AUGGGCGAGAUCGGGAAACGAGCAAACGUGGAUGAAGCAUCGAUUUGCGACUACGUCGCGAAAGGGAUCGACGACGAUCCGAGAAACAAAGUCUGCCUGAUUCAAUGUAAGACGUUGAAAGAGUUGAAAGUGCAGAUCAAGACGUACGAGAAGUUGAGGGAGCACAUUGGUUCGGGUAAGAGUUCCGACUAAACACCUCGAACUAAGAAGGAAGAAGUAAAGAAGGAAGAGAGUUCGGCGCAUCAUUUCGCUGACAAGUACAACGGCUGUUAUAACUGUGGCGGCAGAGGCCACAGAGCACGAGAAUGCACGAAAGCGAAGGUAGGACCGAAAUGUUUCCGGUGCAACGGUUUUGGGCACAUUGCCAAACAUUGCACGGAAUCAGCGAAGAACAACGAAAGAGCAAAGCAGGUAUGCGUGGUGACCAGCAUUCCCAAUGUUCCAGUGACGAUCGGUUCUACGAAAUACGACGCGGCGGUGGAUACCGGUAGCGAAAUAACGUUGCUAGGGGAGGAUGCAUACCAGGCAAUUCUGCGAAAGGAGCGUACUAUGGAGCAGCUCGGAAAAGGAUCGGUUGGCGGAGAAAACCGAGCUGAUCGAGUGUGUGGCCAAGAUACAAUCGCUCGAAGAAAAGCUAAAAGAGGGGCAACAGAAGCAACAGACACUGACCGAGCGGACCCGAUUGUUGACGGUCGAGAACGGGCGGUUGGGACGGGAACUGCACGAGGCGCAAGACGACCUGAACGAUGCGCAGGAAGCGAACGAACAGCUUGAGCAGAAGCUGGACAGUGUAACGAGGAACUUUAAUAUGCUGAAGGGUGCGUGCAACAUCACGGAGACUCAGUUGACCGAGCUGGAAGCGCUACGGGAGAAUGAAUCAAGGCGUGUCCGGGAAUGUGGUGAGCAGAUGGAGGGGCUACGCAAACGCAUCGCCGAGCGGGACGCAGAGCUGGACCGUGUUCGGCAGGAGCUGCAGGAGGAACGGUCCUGUAAAACUUUGAGCGAAUCGCGUAU